UAUAUUAUAUUAUAUAAUAUAGUAUAUACUAUAUUACUAUACUUUCCCCAUCUGCAUCGAAACAGCAACCAUAUUUAUCUCACCCAGUGAUUCUGUAGGACAUUUAAGAUGUGGUCAUGGGUUUCAUUUGGGAAUUUAACUUUUCCUCUCUUUAUCGUGAAAUUUCUGUCUGAUUAUCCAUUCCCUCCUCUCAAUACGGUCUCCACAGCUUGCCGAAAUGGCUUUAAGGAUUGCAGAGACACAAAGAAGCCCUUGAAGCCCUAGUGUCCCUACCUGUCCCACAUCUUACCCCCUCCAGGAUGAGCUCUCAUCCUCAAAUAAAGCAUGUAGAGCUCAAACUUAUCUCUCCUUCAAAUACCUGCUCAGUAUCUACCCAGGCACCCAAGCAAGACUCCUCUGUUACCUUGGGUGAACGUUGCAUAGAGGAAAACCAUCAAGCCAGUCCAAGCCUCAGUCCUCUGAGCUGCACCUGGCCUGGUGUUGACCCUCUGCUCUGGCUGUGCACGUCCAUAUUUCCUGCCCUCUCCUCAGGUACCUGCCUGCACUUGGCUGCUUCUGCUCCGGGGACUCGGGCCAAAAUCCAGCCCCUUAAUGUGGCAUUCAAAUGCUUCAGGAGUUCAACAUGGUGUCUUUUUUAGGGAUAUAUACAGUGUGGGAGGACUAAAUCUAGCUAAUUGACAUAUGCAUUACCUCACACGAUAAAUACAAUUUUAUCUGUCAGUUUGAAGACCAAAAACCCCUCAAAUCCUUCAGGUGUUGACUCCAAUCCAUGCAAACCACAGAGCUCUGAUUCCUUACCCCUCCUGGGGGAGGGAGGAUGGGUUUCUCUCCCGUCAAAAAAAGCUUUUAAGGCAGUCUUGUCUGCUCUUCAGGCCUUGUUUUCCAGCUGGCUAUGAAAAGAGGUUUUAAGGAGAGAUGCACAGGGGGUGGUACUGUUAGAGAAAAAAAUUAAUGGUACUCAUUAAAACACAGUAAGGAAGACUUUAUUCAGGAUUAUCUCAAUAGGUCUAGGGAGCACUGCAGUGAGGUCUUCCAGUGGGGGAGAGACAUUGGGCUCAAGUUCAAAUACAGCAUGGUCCAGUAGGAAUUUACAGCCAAGGAGCAGGGUGGGGGCCUGGGGAUAGAAAAUUGCUCAGAGGAAGCAUCAGGGAUGAGGGGAUUCUGGCUAAACCGACCUAACGGGUUUCUUGCUGAGACAGGCCAGGGUGGUCAGACAUCACCUGGUGGAGGAACCUGAUAAGGUACCCAGGGUGAUCAGAUAUCAUGUAGGAUGGGGGAGUGGUGCUUACCAACCAACUGGAUUUUACAAGGAAGUGCACACAUGGGUCUAGUAGAAGAUUCAGAAACCUGACCAAAGUUUGGCCAAGCAAAGAAUCUUUGUCAGUUCUAAUAGUAAGUAUUUUCUUUUCCUUUAUUUGCAAAACAAAAUGAUGCUUCUCAGCCCCAGUGGCAGCUGGACUUGGCCUUGCCCUGGCUCAUAGCUUGUGAGAGGGAGGACCCUAGAGGUCAGUGACUGGAACACCUUCCGGUGGCGGAGGAGAAGCGCGUCCUGCCCUAGGGGGCUGCCCUCCUGAAGAGGCUGGAGGCGACCUGGUCCAACCUGCUGUGAUCGCUGAUGUAUCUAUCUCCUUAAGCCUUGAUUCCUUUAAACUUUCCCCUGCAGCCUACUGCCCUAGGAUGGAGGAUUAGUAUUCAGCAGCGUGGUGAAAGUGCUUUGGAGCAGCGGUAGCUAACCUUUUUGGCAGUAGGGACAGUUUUCAUGGAAGGCAAUUUUUCCAAGGAGGCUGGGUGAGGGGGGAUGGUUUCGGGAUGAUUGAAGCGCAUUACGUUUAUUGUGCACUUUGUUUCUAUUAUUAUUGCAUUGUAAUAUGUAAUGAGAUAAUCGUACAACUCACCAUAUGGGGACCCCUGCUUUGGAGAAGCCAGAGGCACCUCGCUAGUGGAAGAAGAGCUCGGGCUCUGGUCUCCAAGCUCUGUGCAUCUCUAGUGUGUGGAUAGUAAUCAUUCUGUUAUUAGCUGAUUUGUUGGAGAGCACAUUUCAAACAGCCCUCUCGAUUUCUCAUUUUAGGGGCAGACCGUGUCAGAUCAUCUUUUUUACUUCAAAAUGCCCUAGGUGAAGGCUUCAGCUUGCGCUGGCGUUUUUAGUCAUGUUUCCAACCUGGGGGGUUCUUUCCCAGCCUCUUUUAGGCUGCUUUAAGCUGUGUGAUUUUUAACUAAAACUCAAUGCUAAUUCCACGGGACAACUGCAGAGCUCGGACCCAGGACACCUGGGCAGCGUGGUGGAGCCGCCCUGUACCCCAGUGAACCUCUGAGGCCACCAAUCUGAAUAUUAGUUAGUGACGCCUACUUUAAGAUAACACAGGUACAGAGAUGGAAAGCUUAAAAUCUGAGAAUAAAAAGAGGGUCCUUCCCUCAUGGAUGACAGCCUCAGAGGCUGAGAAGAGAGUGGCGCCGGUCAAGACCCCCAAGAGGAGGAGAAUGGCAGCGGUGCCGGUGGCAGCAGCAAGACCGCCCGCGGUGAGGACUGUGUACUGCAUGAGUGAGGCGGAACUGGUAGACGUCGCUCUGGGGGUCCUGAUUGAGAGCCGCAAACAGGAAAAGCCGUCUCCAGUGGGCGCUGAUAAGCCGGAGCUCUCCCCCGCCUGCUCUGUGUCCCCUCACACGAGUUCCGGGAGCGGCAGUGAGGAAGAGGACAGUGGGAAAGACACCCAUGACCCAGGCCGCAGCCCGUCCCCAGGGCCAGGGCGUUCUGACGCUGCCUGCAGCAGGAGCCCCAAGGAGGACGAGGAUGUGUUAAAAUACGUCAGGGAGAUAUUUUUCAGCUAAGGGAUGAGCUGCUAACUGGACUUUCUGCUGAGAGCAGCUGGAGGACAGCUGGACUUCUGCAGGGGCUGCUGGGGGCUGUCCCCAGGGUGUAGAGGGAGCCAUCUGUGCUCCCACCCCUGCGUCUCCCUGGGCCUGGCAGCUUCACCUUGGGCCAGGAGCCCCAGGACGCCUGGGCCUUGGGGCUGUCGUUUUGAGUGUGUGGAAGGGAGGACUCAAAUUGAGUUCUCAUUGUAAUUCAUCUCUGCACUGUGCCCUCUCCCACUCACAGCAUCUGGAUUUUAUUAAACAAUCAUCUGUUUUAUUCAGUUACCAGGUUCCAGGGAA